AUGGAUUGGAUGCUUCUAGGUCAUCCUUUGGACGAUGAAUCACGAGAUCGAUUAACCCAUGCGCUUUCCUUAUUUUGUGGAUGUCUAGUAGCCGUCAUCAGCUCCAUUGACGAUGCCGAUUUUGUCUCAGGACAUCCAAACCUUGUAUUUAAUAGCGAUAAGCUUACCGAGAUUAUCACGGUGAUCAGAGAUGUUGGUUUGGGUUUGAUCGAUUUGGCAUUUCCCGAUGAUUUCUUUGUAACAGCGAAAGCAGCAGAGGAAAGAAGUCGUGAUGCGUCCAAGGGGGUUUCAUCCAGAUCAAAUUUAAAUAAAUUGGCAGUAGGAAAUCAAUUUAGCGAUGAUGACAGUAGCGGGAACGAUGAUGAACCAGGACCCUCCUCUGAUUUGCCAGCAACAAGUGCCGAUCUCCGAAAUUUGAGUAUUAUCAAAUCUAUUCCAUUUGUUGUACCAUUUAUGCAACGAGUCAAGGCGAAAGGAGUUUCCGUUCGCCGUCAUGCUAUCAAUGUGGCUGUGCGUCGCCAACAUUUGUAUGAAGAUGCAUUUAAAGGUUUAUCCUUGGGAAGUGCUCCAAAUCUCCGUUUACCCAUUAGGGUUUCGAUGACGAAUUGGGUUGGUUUGAGUGAAGUUGGGAUUGAUGGUGGAGGCAUUUUCAGAGAAUUUCUUACUGAGUUGAUCCGGACAGGGUUUGAUCCAGACCGAGGUUUUUUCAAGUAUACGCAUGAUAGGUUAUUGUAUCCUAAUCCAUCAUCAAUUCAGCUGUAUCCAGAUUCAUAUUCAGAACAUUUUUUCUUUUUGGGACGUGUGGUAGCAAAGUUAAUCUAUGAAAAACAAAUGGCUGAAAUUCGGUUUGCUGAGUUUUUCGUGUCGCAGUUGCUAGGAAGGCGGCAGGCAGAUGUCGACCUGCACCAUUUGAAAUCAUUUGAUCCUGCCAUAUACAAACAUCUAAAAAAUCUGCGCAGUCUAACCGCUGAUGAACUAGCAGCAUUGGAACUUGACUUCAGCGUGAUCAUUGAUGAUGUAGGCGAUGUACAGACUGUUGACCUUAUACCUGGUGGACGUGGUAUUCGUGUUACUAUUGAUAAUCGACUAGAGUAUAUUCGUUCGUAUGUGAACCUGUUCUUAUACAAACGGAUCGAGCCCUUGGUGGAUGCAAUGCGUGCUGGAGUGUCAACUGUGAUUGAUCCCGGAUGGUUGGCGAUGUUCUCGCCAUCAGAAUUGCAGACCCUGGUCAGCGGCGCUGACGCUGAUCUUGAUGUCGAGGACAUGAUGAAGCACUGUGCAGUGCACAACAUAAAAGAUGAAGCCGAUCGUGAGUAUAUGGAUCUUUUUUGGAGCGUUGUAGGUGAGAUGUCACCAGAAGAUAAACGCGGAUUGCUAAAAUUUAUCACUGGCUGUUCACGUCCACCAAUCGAAGGCUUCAAAAUGUUGUAUCCAGCGUUGGGUAUUCAACUGGUGCAUGAUUCGAAUCAUUUACCAACAAGUGCUACUUGUAUGAACCUUUUCAAACUUCCAAUCUAUAGUUCACGUGCCAAAUUAGAGGAAAAAUUGAGAUAUGCGAUAAACGCCGGUGCUGGUUUCGAGUUGUCCUGA